GUAUUUGAAUUAGAAAUAAAAUUGUUUAUAACAACAGUGCGACAGGUGAAGGGCUCUUUUUUUUUGUGCAGCCCUUUACGAUAAUCUAUCACUCGCUCGCGGCGUCUGCGCGAAGUUGUCAUGUUGUCAACUUGUCAGUAGUUGUCUAGCGAUUCGUGUAGGUGGUUGACGUCGGUCUGUUGUCUGAUUAUCAGAAAAAUGAUGACCUCGUCGGAAACGUCGGAGAUGGAAAAUCCGGGAGACGAGAAGGGCGCCGAGGACUCGGCGAUCUUGGAGGUGAGCUCUAUGGCAGUGGGCGGGAUUGUGAAGCAAGAGAAUCGCGACGUCGAUUACCUGUCCAACUGCAGCACCUCCAUCGAGGGAUCCGUGAUAAUUCUCACUUGUGACGUCAUAACUCAGUUGAAUGCACGUUCCUUUUACAUUCUGACAAUAGACAAUCCGCAGAAACACCUGGAAACUCUGGAGACGUAUAUCACAUUCCGUAUAACGACUAGAACUACACGCCUAGAGUUUGAGGAAGGAGAAUAUGUAGUUCGCAGGCGAUACAAUGACUUCAUUUGGCUGCGCCAGAAAUUAGUGGAUACUUAUCCAACACACAUUAUACCACCAAUGCCAGGCAAGCAUACGUUGCUCGCCCAAUUGGACCGUUAUUCCAAGGAAUUUAUCAUAGCGCGUAUGAAGCUUUUGCAUAUAUUCCUAAACAGAGUCGUGAAUCAUCCAAUUCUGAGUUGUGACAAGAAUCUCCAUAUUUUUCUGACAACAAAACCUUCGGAAUUUCUCGUUCAUCGCAAAAAUCGUGGGAACGUGCUCGGAAAAGUGACAGAUUCUUUGCAAAAUAUAGCAAGUACUUAUACGAUGAAGCAACGUCACUUGGAGUUCGAACAGAUUCGGGACUACUGUACAGCGUUGGGUGAAAAGCUGUCGGCCAUAGAUAAAAUCAAUCAUCGCAUACAUAAAGAGAGGCAAGAUUAUUUAUUGGAGCUUCAUCAACUGCAUCCCAUAUUCACACUGUGGGCAACUUCAGAACCGGAACUCGCACCCAUUUUAUUAGCGAUCGCUAAAGCGGUAGAAGCAAACGCAAUGGCUCAUCAGAAACUUUUGGAAAACGUUCCUAACGACGAACGCGAGUAUGUUUCAUACAUUGAAGCGGUCAAGAAUGCAUUGUCCCGUCGUGAUUCGAUGCAGAUUGAAUAUGAGAUAACAAUCGAUGUAUUGGCAAAAAGAAGAUUAGAAAAGGAUCAGUUGGUAGGAAAUACGAGCUACACGAUUCCAGCACAAGGCUGGGGCGGAUCUCUAUGGAAAGCGGAAUCUCGCGAUGAAAAAUUGGAAAGACUCGGUCAAACUAUUCCACGAUUAGCCAAACAAGCGGAGAUACUACAGGAUCGCGUGGAGUGCGCGAAUGAGAAUCUGCGAAGCGAUUUUCAGAGGUGGAACGUGGAGAAGCAGCAGGAUCUGAAGAACAUGCUGAUCACGAUGGCGGAUCGACAUAUCAGACAUUAUCAACAGUGCAUGAACGCGUGGGAGGAAAUUCUUACCGGUCUUAAGUUGGACGGAAUCGGAUCUGACGUUAACGUAGGGCCGCCUGUUAAGAUACCCGUUUGAACCGCUAGUCUUUUCGC